AUGAUACAGUUGAUAAGAUCCCGCAACUUCAAACCCUUGACAAAUUUGGGAACAUUGGCUCACUUUUCCACCCACUACGAGGGAACUGCAAAGUCCAUUGCACAUCAUUCCAAGACGGACCUUGCAGAUGCCUUAUCGUUGAAGUUGGCGACUGUAGACCUCCAGUUCGAUAAGCAUUCACCUCAGAACAGCAGUGGAAGCAAUGCACUGCCUCUCAUUAUAAUCCACGGGUUAUUUGGGUCUAAAUCUAACACAAGAACAGUCUCAAAGCAGCUUGCUGAUAGAUUGAGCCGAGACGUAUACUGCCUUGAUUUAAGAAACUUCGGCUCCUCUCCUCAUUCUGAAAGAUUGGACUACCCAGCACUAGCAGCGGAUGUUGAGAACUUUGUUCUCAAGCAGAAGUUUGCUCACAAACCCAUAUUGUGUGGGCAUUCUCUCGGAGCCAAGACUGUGAUGGCAGUGGCACUUCGUCGCCCCGACCUUCCUAGCAUGAUUGUCUCGGUCGACAAUGCUCCCGUUAACACUACCUACAGCUCAGGGUCUGUGUUCUCCAGAUACAUACGUCAAUUACGCAUUGCUACAGAGCAGUUCAAGUACAAGAAUAUCAAGGAUGUUGAUGCUAAGUUGGCCGAGGUGGAGCCGAACGUGGUGAUAAGGCAGUUCCUUUUGACUAACUUCAACAGAGGUAAGAAGGAGGAGCCAGUAACAUCCAAAAUUCCACUAGAAACCAUUGGAAAAGCGAUAGAUGCGGGAAAUGUAGCUAGCUGGCCCUACGACCUGAACAUUUCCAGGUGGUCUGAGGGCCCUGCCUUAUUUAUCAGAGGAACAGAGUCAACGUACGUGCCAGACGAUGUGAUACCAGAAAUUGGAAAGUUCUUCCCAGACUUUGAAGUUAGAGAUAUCAAAAGUGGUCACUGGGUCAUCAGCGAGAAGCCAGACGAGUUUAUGGACGUGUUGACUGAGUUUAUAGAGAGAAAGGAGGAAGACGAUAGUGAAGACUGGCUCCAGAAGAAGUAG